AUGGGUAGCUGCUAUCCAAAUUUCAGUGUUGUUUACUAUUUUCUCUUUCUGUUUACGGUCACUUCCUACAUGCGGAUGGGUGACGGACUUCCAAGCGGUGGGGACUCAUGCAUUGAGGAAGAGAGAGGAGCACUGCUCAGCUUCAAACAAAAUGUUACUGAUCCUUCGGGAAGGCUUUCUUCUUGGGUAGGACGCGACUGCUGUCAAUGGAAAGGAAUUUUGUGCAACAACCGCACGGGUCAUGUUGCAAAGGUGGACCUUCGGAAUACUUAUCCAUCUCCAGUAUGGUCUGAUCCCGAAGAUCACUACGACAAGUUGGCUUAUGAACGCUCUUUAUUGUCGGGUAAGAUAAAUCCUUCUUUGCUUAGCUUGAAGCAUUUAAAUUACCUAGAUUUGAGCGGGAACAGUUUCGAACUCCCUAAGUUCAAUGGUCUGCUUGAAAAUUUGAGGUGUCUCAACUUCUCCUCUGCUUUAUCAUCUGAGGGAGCUGAGAUUCCAGAGUUUAUUGGAAACUUGUCGUCUUUGGAAACACUCGAUCUUUCUAAUAAUUAUUUCGAAGAGAAUGCAAUUCCUAAGUCUUUUGGCCAGCUUAAGAGUUUGAAUUAUCUUGAUAUCUCCAACUCAGGUUUUGGGGGAGAAAUUCCCCCUAACCUUGGAAACCUGUCAAACCUGAACCAUCUUGACCUAGGGGGGAAUUUCUUCUUGAAAAUAUCUUCCGAAAGAUUGAAUUGGCUUCCUCGCCUCUCCUCCUUAACAUACCUCAAUCUCGACUUUCUCAAUCUUCGCAGCGCGGGAGCAAGUUGGCUAUCUGUAGUUAACAUGCUUCCUUCGCUGUUAGAGUUACAUUUGUUUGAAUGUGCAAUUGAAAGAAUUCCACUCUCAAUCCAAAAGGUAAAUAUGACUUCACUUUUGGUACUUGAUAUGUCAAUGAAUUCUAUCAUUUAUCCACUACCUAGCUGGUUUUCUAAUCUUACUAGUCUUCGAAAUCUCUAUCUGAGUGGAGAUUAUUUCAAUGGAAACUAUUUCACUGGUCCGAUUCCUCGAGAGUUUGCAAGCCUCGAAUAUCUGCAAGGCCUUGAUUUUUCUGGUAAUAGACUCGAAGGUCAUAUUCCUAAACUAAACUUUUGCAAGCUAAAGACCCUAAACUUUCAAGGAAACAAAUUUGAUGGGGGAAUUCAAGGGCUUUUGAGUGGUUUGUUAAACUGUACAGACAGUGUAUUGGAAUCACUGGAUUUGUCCUCUAAUAAGCUGGAAGACGAGUUGCCUGACUCCCUUGGGAUGCUACACAACUUGCAAUAUGUCAACCUUGAGUUCAACAAUUUUUCGGGUAAAAUCCCGGAAUCUAUUGGAAAGUUGUCAUCCUUGAAAACUCUAAACCUCAGUUACAACAAUAUGAUUGGACCGAUUCCCGAUACUUUGGGACAAUUGCCUGAGCUAGUUCACCUAGAUUUGUCCGGGAAUUCAUGGGAAGGCAUUUUAACAGAAUCCCAUUUCGCAAAUCUCACAAAAUUACGAUCUAUUGAUGUGUCUACAUAUCGACCUAUGUUGCUCAUUGUCAAUCUGACUUAUGAGUGGAUUCCUCCCUUCAAGCUCUACACAGUUGGCAUUACAAAUUGCAAUGUAGGUCCUAAUUUUCCUGCAUGGCUUCUGUUGCAAACUGAACUUUCUGAUGUCACCCUUCAUGGUACUGGAAUCUCGGGUAUCAUACCAGAAGAGUGGUUCUUGAAGAUAUUGUCGCAGCUCAAAUAUUUGGAUUUAUCGUACAAUCAUCUCAGCGGAAGGCUUCCACUCCAAUUGAAAUGUCCAAAACUAUAUCAUAUAGAUUUGAGCUAUAACAGAUUCGAUGGUCCACUCCCACUUCUGUCCGCCAAUGUUACCAUCUUUAAUCUUGAAAGCAAUUCAUUUUCGGGGCCAGUUCCUUUGAACAUUGACCAAUUGAUGCUGACAUUACAAGGAUUGUAUCUUUCUGAUUAUCAGUUGAAAGGCACAAUUCCACCCUCCAUUUGCAACUUGCAGAGCUUGUCAAUCCUUUCUCUGAGAAAUAAUCAGUUAUUCGGAGAAUUUCCGCAAGAAUGGAGUAUGUGGCCCUUAAUGUUGAUUGUCGAUGUUGGAUACAACAAUCUCUCAGGUAAUAUCCCAAGUUCAAUGGGUGUCCCAAGCUCACUUCUUGUAUUAAAGAUGAAUGACAACAAUCUUGGGGGCACAAUUCCUUCUUCUGUAUGGCGAAAUUGCACUUCUUUGAGGAGUAUCAAUCUUGGAGGCAACAAAUUUACAGGAAACAUGACUUUAUGGAUAGGAUCAAAUGCGCCCGGGUUGUUUUUCAUAUGA